AUGCGGGCCAGUUCUACGUCAUCUACGGAUUCGAACGGUUUUCCGGUCAAAGACGCUGAUGCGCUGAAGCUGUUCGUUGGACAGAUUCCACGUAAUCUCGAGGAGAAAGACCUACGCCAUUUGUUUGAGCAAUUUGGCAAGAUCUACGAGUUCACCAUACUCAAGGAUAAGUACACUGGUAUGCACAAAGGUUGCGCUUUUCUCACCUAUUGUCAUCGUGAUAGUGCUAUCAAAUGUCAGGCAGCUCUCCACGAUCAAAAAACUUUACCUGGGAUGAAUCGCGCCAUGCAGGUGAAGCCGGCGGAUACAGAAAGCCGACCGGCUAGCCCAAAGGAUAAGGUCGACGACAAAAAACUCUUUGUCGGUAUGUUAUCCAAACAUCAAUCCGAAGAUGAAGUUCGUGCCUUAUUCGCACCGUUUGGCGCACUCGAAGAGGUCACAGUACUUCGUGGAGCCGACGGUGCCUCAAAAGGCUGUGCCUUUGUUAAAUUCAAAAACGCACUCGAUGCUCAAAUGGCGAUUACGGCUUUGCACGGCAGUCAAACGAUGGCCGGUGCCAGUUCUAGCCUUGUUGUCAAAUACGCAGACACGGAAAAGGAGCGACAGGUUCGACGUAUGCAGCAGAUGGCAGCGCAGAUGGGUCUUCUAAAUCCGGUGCUAGUGAAUCAGGUCGGCGCACAAUAUAGUGCUGCAUAUCAGCAGCUUCAGAUCCUUCAGCAGCAAGCAUUAGCUAAUGCAGCCGCCGCUCAAACUUCUGCCGCCUAUAUGCCAUUGGUCCAACAUCCAGCGCUCAUGCAAAUGCCAACUGGUACACCACUCUUGACCCAGCAAGGAUUGACGCAAAUCGGGCUGGCUGGCUCACAAAUGAUGGGCAUGCAACAACAUCAUUUUCAAACGUUACAAGCGUUGGCCGCACAACAGCAGCACGUUCAGCAAGAAUUUCAGUGCUCUCCACCAUCAAGUACGAACGGUGAUGCUGCUUUCGCCAUACAAAAUGGUUAUCCAAUAAUCAGCAUGGAUCAGCAUAACAAUGUGGCGCUGCAACAGUUGGCUCAGCUACAUCAACAGGCAGCGGUCAUGCCGCUCGUCACCCCCAAAGAGGGGUUCGUGUCGUACGAUUCGUUGGCGGCAUCGCAGGCCGCGAUCGCGGCGAUGAACGGCUUCCAAAUUGGCAUGAAACGCCUGAAGGUGCAACUGAAACGGCCUCGUCAGGAUCGACCCUACUGA